AUGGAGAGUCCAAAACAGAAUAAUGUUAGCUUUUUUCAGAUGCCUCUUCACUAUCCAAGAUACACAGAAAAAGACUACCAAGACAUGCCUGAAUGGAAGCUUGAUAGUCUCCUUAAGGAAUAUGGUUUGCCUACAAAUGGUGAUUUGGCUUACAAAAGAAACUUUGCUAUGGGUGCUUUUCUUUGGCCUAAGUUCCCUCUUAACUCAAAGUCUUGA